AUGGGCGAUCCCUUGUCCGAUAACAAUACGUUGUCAUUUUUUGCCAACCUCUCCGUUGUUCCUGGCUCUCUAUGUCCUGGUGUAGGACCGGAUACUCCCUCAUAUUCCGGAUACAUUGGCUUAAAACAUGACACAAAUUCAAGUCCCAGGCGAUCAUUUUUCUGGUAUUUUGGGGCCGAAUCUCAUGAUCCAAAGGCACCUAUAAUCUUAACAAUGGGUGGAGGUCCCGGAAGUAGUGGACUCAUGAACGCACUAUUUGGCCAGUCACCGUGCAUCAUUACAGCUGCAGGUUUGGUCGCUAAUCCGCACUCCUGGACGGAGCGAUACAACCUCCUUGUAUUGGAUCAUCCUGUUGGCGCGGGGUUCUCGUUCUCGUCUGGACCGCAAGUAAACAACAGCCGUGAUGCUGCACUAGACGUUUAUGAUUUUCUCCAAAAGUUUUACGCUUUAUUCCCACAAGUAGCGGGGAACAAGCUCAUUAUAGAUGGCGGAAGCUACGGUGGAAUAUAUGUCCCCCAUAUUGCUACCGUUAUACGAGAAGGUAACCGCGCUAUCGCAGCCGGGAAGGGUCAACCUGGUGCAAGACGGUUGAAUUUAGAGUCGUUAAUGAUCCACAACCCUUUCACUGAUCCAUACUCGCAUUUUCGGUGGUUACUUCAGUACCGCUGCGUUUACCACAACGUAUACAAUGAGACCACCUGUAAAGAGGCAUAUUCCACGUUACCGGAAUGUCUGGAAGCGUUAGACUAUGCACUGGAAUCAGAAAAUUCUACACCCAAACAUCGGUUUGAAGCCAUCGAACUUUGUGCGAAGAUAGGGAAAGGAAAUACGAAUGGAACUGCUCUCGAAGACAUUCGUUUGAAGUGCCGACCUGAUGAUGUUGAUAGCUGCUAUCCAGAAUUCAAGUGGGUAAGGGAACUGUUCAACGAACGGAAGACCAAGACUAUGCUCGGAGUUCCUGAGUAUGUAAACUACACCUCUUUGAAUAUGGACGUUGGGAAAGCAUUCUCGGAGUAUGGAGAUAAGGCUUUUCGGCAUCAUCACCUGUACGGGCCUUUACUAGCAGAUGGCAUCAGGUUAUUGCACUACAUCGGAGCCCAAGACGCCAAUUGUGCUUGGCCAGGGGCCCUUUCGUUCCUGAAGCUGAUACACAGUCCAUACCAGCAAAGUUUUAUCAACAGCAAGGAAACACCCUGGCCAGUCACAUCGCAAUUCGAGCGAGGUUACGUCCGUCAAGUUGGGGAUGGUGCGGGGAACAUGACUUUUGUCCUUGUCGAGGGCGCAGGCCAUUUUAGCGUUCAUGAUCAACCUAUCAUUGUGAAAUCUAUCAUAGAGCAUUGGAUCGAGAACGAACCGUUUAUAUGAGUCGUAAGAAAGCACAUGUACAUCCUUGACAAUCAGUACACGUAGUGAGGACAAUUCAAAUCAUACCGCCCCAGAAUCUCUUCAAAUUGAGGCGGCUGAGGGUACUUUGACGACGUGCAGCAGCAAUCUUUUCGGGAAUGCGCAUGUGGAGAUUAUGAGCAAUCCUUAGUCGGGGAUCGAGUUUCUCUGACUUCGGAAAUGGAGGAGUGGUCAUUGCGACGUCGGCUUCAUGAUAUGCGGCCUGAAGAUCAUCAACUGAUAGAGAGGUGAGGGACAGUUCGACGGAAAGGAAGCAUGGCGACUCACGAGAUUUGAUGUUGAGAGAGGCAAGCUUUUUACGAUCAUCAUCUGAGAGGGCCUUUUCCCAGAACCAGA